AACGGACCAAUUUUUAUCAAAUGAGCUAAGACAGUACAUCUUUUUGUGGAAAAAAAUGAGUGGUCCUAGUGGUCAGCUCUCUGAGUAGAACUCUGGAAGAAUCACUGUCAGGCCAAUAAAUAUGAUUAAAGGAGAUCAAGAAAGGGCGUUAUUUGAUUGUUUAUGCAAGACAAAAAGUUUCAAACAGAUAAGAGCGGGAAAAUGAUCUAUAUUUGUAGGAUGUAUAGUACAACGGCAGUAGUUUGUUGACAACAAUAGAACGCAGCGAGAAAGAAGAGCAGAAAGAGAGCAGUGUGUACCUCGGUAAAUGAGUUCUUUCUUCUUUUCAACUAUCCUAAUCUCAGUAAUUGGUAUAUAUUUGAACAAGUGGCAACAGAGUGUAAAUUGAUCAUUGAAUGCUUAGCUAUGCUUUUUUGUUACUGACACGGAAAAGAAAAAAUACAGAGGUUUAACCGAAUUUUCCAUUUGAGUAAAAUUUCCGAUGACAGAGGUAAAACUCCUAAAAUCUUUCACCGUCAUGCCAGGAUUUUCAUUUUUACGUAAGAGAUCCGUUACUUUCCUUCGAAAACAAUGACAAUACAAUAGAUGUAUGUGAAUCUCGUAAAUCCAGUCACGCCAAUUAACUCUGGUAUUAUUUCAGCAGCCAAUGGGAACGAGCGAUUAAGCUGAUAACUUAUGAAUCGCGUCACUUCAUUUCCGAUUGCUCUUUUGCGUAUAGAAGACAAGGUUGCAAAAUAUUUUAGCUUCUUCUGGUCGGCUGCGAAUACCACAACCAACGGGAAAGAUGUCUUCGGCUUUAGACAGCUCGAGCGGUAAGUCCUGAUCUGUUACUGAAGCAGUCGAGGAUUUGACCUGGGAAGUGAAAAACCCGAAAGUCGGACAACACGACUGUAACUCUUGCUUGUUUGCAUGCUAAACAUGAGUGACCCCGAAGACACGUUCUGACUUUUUUUAAAGGCAGUUAACAGAUAAACAAUUUAUUGCUCUGAGAAUCGUUAUCUAUUGACCCUACAGAUAAAUGCAGUCAUGAAAUCGCUGAGUGCUUAAUUUUGAUCAUUGAUCAGCACCGUUCUAUCGAGUCAUCCACGAGCAUUGCAUACCCGAGAAGUAAUCAGCGCAACGAAGUACUUUAGUUAGAAAUUUAUCUCAAUAACCUCGGCAUACACAGUGUUUAGAUUCAAGGCCUUAUUUCAUUGACGAAGUUCAAGUUCUAUAACUCACGGAAAUAUUUCUUUGUUCCGAAAUAGAAACUGGUCGCAGAAGGAGAUAUCGCGAUCGGGUUGCGGACCAAGAAACGUCUGAGGAAAUGGUAAAUUGGAAUAUUUUACUAAAAAUAUGCAUACUAAUGAAUGCCUCGUUGUUGCCAUAAAAAACCUUACUUUUGCAAACGAAAGUUCACCUCGAUUCUUCCUUGCCACAUUUAACCCUUAAAUAUGUUUUUUAAACAACGACUAUCUAGUUUAAUCACCUAUCUUUAACUACGGUUGGUGUUUAAACGAAUCAAUAAAUGUGCAUUCUUUAGGUGUGUCAUGGCUCAGUCGACACGGAAAGCAAAUCAAUAGAAAUUUUAUUGUGUUCCAGGAUUUUUUGUUUCUUUUCGAUGACUUUUAUUCGUUUGCAUAGCAAGAUUUCUUUCCUUAUCGAUGAGUUUUGCACGCAAGUAGGUUUGGUUUUUAGCAUUCAUUAAAAAUAACAAUUAUCGUUCUUCAGAUUUUAUCGCGGUCAAUGGCGCAAGGUAAUUCGAUACAAUUGUCACGACCUCAAUCGAAUGAUUAACCACGGCUGACAAACUUUGAAGUCAGACGAACGAUAUCUUUUUGUCUAGUUCUGUUUUUUUUCCUUAACUGUCUGACUGGAGAUGGAAUCUUUGUUUGAGUGUAAAUCUUCAAAAGUUCUUUAUGAAACUUAUGGAUCUCAACACAUACAUGUUUAUGGUGUAAGAAAUUUGUAGAGUUCCUUGUUACAUUUACGCAUAAACAUUGUAGACCAACUCAAUUUUCCUUUCGUAGGAAGUAUCCCUUCAACUCCAUUUUACAUGUUUCUCUCCUCAGAAACCUUUUAGGUUACUGCACUAGGAAAAGUAAUAAAUCUUUAAACUCAGUGAAAAUCCACAGUGGACAGAAUGAAUUGACUUAGGGCAAGUGUCUUGAGUUUAAUAGGAGAGAGUUUACAAAGAAAUACAUAGAUUUGAAGACUAAGAACAGUAUCCUCUUCAUAGUAUAUGAUCAAUGUUGCUGUUACCACUGUGAUUCUCUGAUACACUAUAAUUCGAUAUCAGAAUGUGUUGAGGUUUGAUAUUGACUUGCACAUGUACAUCAGCAUGAUGUUCUUGCUAAAAUAGUUCUAUGAGGCAAUUUUGGAAAAAUGCUGCACCUGCAGUUCUAAGAUUGCAUAUUACGCACCAAUAUUUUAUGUUCUCAUCCAAACUCCUAAAUUAAACAGCAAAUUUCAAAGGCUAGAUGCAUUUUUUGACAACAAAAUAUCCUAUGCACUUGAUCUAUUGGUCAGUUUUAAUAUUUCAUGAAUGUUUGAGAAUUUGGUAUCAGAGCAUGUGUUGUGAUUUUUUAUUCACUCACUAAAAUUGCCCAAUAAAGAACCCUACAAAAAAUUAAUGAUGCAACUGCAGCCUCAAAAUUGCAGAUACUUCACCUGUAUUUUUUGCUCUUUUUCAAACCACUGAACUGAACUGUAAAUUGUAAGUUCUUUAAAAAAUAUGCUUGAUACAAUUUCCUCUACAUUGGAUAUGUAUACUGUAAGUCAGGUGUAAUAUUUCAGGGAUUUCAAAGUUACAACCUUAAGGAAGAUCAAAGGAAACAGUUAAAUUCUUUUGAAAUCAUUGUGAAAUUCAGUUUCCUUACAAUUUUAUAUAAUUAUGUACAUGUAUAGAUCAAUGUUAGUACCUGGGCAACUAGGUACCUACCCUUCCCCCAACCCAACAUUAACCCUUACUUGCUUUCAGUUGAUUAUUGUUGAGGCAGGGAGGGGUAGGGAUGCAAUUGCUUUCAUACUGACACUAAUCCAUAAUUAUUUUCAUGCCAAUGAGUGAACCCACAUCGAUACAUUGGUUUACUUUGAUACAUUUAUAUACAAGAUAGUGCACAGUGUUUAUUUUUCUUUUAGAGUCUAGAUUUUUUGGAGCAUUCUUUCUUUAACAUUACAUGUAUACAGUUGUCUGUACUGCUGCAGUGUUGAAAAGAAAAAAUCAAUUUUCACAUUGCUUUAGGUGUUACAUGAGGUCAUGCUUCACUUCCUGUUAAUUAUUUUUUCUGUUUCAAUUUAUUAAUAAAGUAGAAGGUUAUUCUAUCAUUUACUCAUCAUAAAAUCAUUCUUGCAACUAUAUAGAGUGGGAACAAUAUAUAGAAAGUUAAAUCAUCUGUAAAAAGAAGCAGAAUGUAGACCACAGCUGUGACAUGGUUUCAUAAGAGGUGUUUAUGUUACUGCAGAAACUUCUAGACAGUUAGGGAAUGCUUCAUACGAUGUUCUAACUAGUGUGUAAAAAAUAGUAAGAAUUACUAACCUUUAAUCAUUCUCAGUGAUUUUCUUUUGUUAAGUGGUCCUUUUCUCAUAGUUCAAUUUGAAUUAAGCAGGCAUCAGCAACAGAUGCAGUGUUCCAUCUCUUCUUGCUUCCUGCUCUAGGUUCCUUCCAUUGUCAUUAGGGAAAAUCUUAAUCUCCUUUUCAAUUUAGUGGGGAAUCUUGUUGUUCUUGUCAGGCAGUUUGCUAAGUUUGUUAAGAACCUUCCUGGAGGACAGUAAUGAAAUAACAUUUUUCCAUGUGUUCCAAGUGAAUUACCCUUGUGAAAUGCUGAUAAAUUAGGUGCCUGCAUUUUUUUUUAGACACUUUCACUGAUAUCAUGAUGUAACCAUCUUGUGCUAUCACCUCAUUGAUUUCUAACCAAAAAACACUCUUACUAUGUAGUUUAGAUAUCUCCAAGAAACAACAUAACUUGCACUGUUCACUGUACUUUCAGUGCUACCAGAAGAACCUGCUUGUAAUCUCAUCUAGAGAGAUACAUUUGCCUAAUAUCAUCUCCUUCUAUCUAGGCAAUCUGUUUGUUUAGCUUGCUUUAAAAUGUAUUUUUUGUAGAAUCUGUAUCAAACAGAAGAACUGAAAAUGCAGCAUGAAAUUACCACCCUCAUUAUAUCUCAGAGAUUCAGGCAAUAGAACUUACAGAUCACCCUACAAGUGUUGUAAAAUAAACUGAUAAGAUAGAAAUUACUUACAUGUUGUGUGUACAUUGUACAGAAUUUUCCUAUUUGGGUAGAACUGAAAAUCUUAGAAUCUCUGCUUUCUACAUGUAUGUGAUGGAAUGUGCUUGGUUGACCUGUCUUCAUGUCUUCAGUUGCCACUCUAUCCUUGGGUGAUACUUGACAGUGAAGCAAUCUAAGCCUAAUGCAUAUAUUUACAUCAUAGAUAAGCUGGUGGGCUCAUGGUGUUGCAAUUUGAUCCUCCCUCAUUCUGUUCAACAUUUUGUCAUUUUGCACUUGAUUUAGAGAGUUCUAAUUGUGCCUUUGCUCUGUGCCUGAAGUUGACUGGUUACAUGAGAUAGUUUUAAUGCUUAUUUGCUGCCCAAUUCAGUCUAGUAAGUUGGGAAAGCUGAGAUGUGAUGUAAAAUGUCAAUUAAUGGAUUUGAUGUUUGUGUUGGCCUGUGACAGUAAGAUCAAUGGGAACAAAGGGCAAUUGACUCUGCAUGUUGAACAAAUAAACUAAGGUUGUUUUGUUGUGGGGACCUGGGGCUGAUGCAACCAGAGAUAGAAAAUAAUGAAUUUAUAAGCCAGAUUGUAAGCAUUCCAAAGACAAGCAAAUCAAUACAUUAGCAGACGCCUUGGCUGCUGGUCUGUGCUGCUGUCCAAAAGCUCCACAACCUCUGCACUCCACAUCACUGACAAAAUCAAAGAACUCUCUUGCCUAGUCAAGAUCUGCAUCUUGUGUGUUGUUACUCCAGUAAUUUUAAAUUUCAAAAAGUGAAAUGGAGGUAUGUUAACAGUAUUUUUCAGUGUGAUUCAUAUGAGACAGUGUUCAUGUUGUUGAGCAACUUGAAUGUUAUGGAGGCUGGGUCACUCCCUUGAAGUGAUCUGUUUUCUAACUCCUUUCCAUAUUUCCUCGAGAGUGUAAUUGUGUAAGAUAAACUAAUGCUAUGACUUCUUUACAUAAAGAUAUUAUGUUCAGGAGCAAUGUUACUGAACUUAAAAUUGUCAAGUCAUCCUGUUCUUGUUUGACAUGCGAGCUCACUGAGCUUCAUUUAUGUAAAUUAUGUUGUUUACUAAAGGAUAAUCUGUAGUUGAGCCCAUGAUCAUUUGAAACAUGCAAUAGAGAUAUAUCCUAAGGAAUAUCUUUUCUCAGUAUUUGGCAGUGUUUGUGAUUUCUCUGCGUUAUGAUGGAUUUCCUAGCCACAAAUGUUUUUCAUAUUAGAGAAUGGAGCAGUCUGUAAUUUGCCAGUUGUGUUACAAGAGGUCUCUUUGGUGAAUUAGCAUAAAUCUGCUUAACUGAGGCAAUCUGUUAUAGCAGCAAGAUUUCUUUGGUAGUUUGGCUGUGCUCUUAGUGUUUAUAUCUCUAACAAUAUCCAUGUCCAGCCAAUUGUGACAUUGUCAUGUCACCAUAGUUAAAAUUGAAGCCAAGUGAAAAAGGAUUAGCAACUGUUGGAUGCCAACCCACAAAAAAAAUUAGCAUUUUCCUCACAGCAGAGUCCCAUUAUGGAUUAUUUCCAAGCAUGUUUGAUCAGCAAUGGUUCAUGAGUUUUAAUCUGCUCCCUUUGUGUAAGACCUUAGAAAGCAUAUCAGCUCUUGCUGCUUUCAUUACAGGGUAUUCUAAGAAAAAUUACAUGAAACUACUAUUCUUUUAUUUUUUGAAUAGCUUCAUAGCUUCUGAAACUCUCUAAUUUCUGUUUGUGUCUGUGUUAAUUUGAAGUUUAUUCGAGGUGGUCUUGGUAAAAAAAAGUAUUUUAAAAUGUUGACUAACCCAUGCAGAGUUUUUCAGAGCAAACAUAUUUGAAUUAACAAUAACUACAAGCCUUUAAACUUUUAUCUAUAUUUGGUCAUAGUAUUUGAUUAGCUGGCUUUUAACAUAUUCAUCUAUGCAAUGAUUCAACUGAAAGGUCAAGCUGCUCAGUGACCCCACCCAAUUCUAUAGUACAUUUCUGAAAUAUUUUCCUAGAGAUCUGUUUGCUGUCUACCAUAUUUUAACCAUAAAAUCUUUUAGAUGAAAUGUUAACACUUAUUAAAUGUAUUCUGUACUAAAGUAUUCUAACAGCAAUCAAAUAACUACAAUCAAUAUAGAGCAGACAAGAGUAUAAACCACACAAAGAGACCAGGCACUUUGAUCAUAGUGUGACAAAGCUGUUCUCUAUUUAUAUGCUAAGGUGGGCAGCUUUUAAUGUUAAUAGAUCUAAGGUUGUUGAGCUGUUGACAAGAAAACCAUGAACGCUUCAUUUAUUUGUUCUUUUACUGUUGUGAAUAAAUUCAAUGUUGUGAAGUACAACUGAAAAUUUGUUUGAUUUUGUGAAUGUAAGUUUAAGAAUUUGGAAACAUAACACAGAUAUUCUGAGUGCCAUAUAACUAAUUUACAUUUUUUUGCUACACUGUACUUCUGUACCGAAAAUUUGCACAGAGCCUUAUUGCAAACUUGAAGUUUAUCACUCAUUCCAUGUAAUAUUCUAUUGUCUAUAAUUCUGUGUAAUUGUGCUUCUAAGGAACGAGAGCAUUUACCUGCUGUUUAGUAACUUAUUUUUGACAUAGGAAGUUCAUAGCCAUUUACACAUUUUGACCUCUGUUGCUGUUUUGUUUGUUUCUUUUUAAUGUGAAAAAUUUACUUUGAACCUCUUAAUUUAGGUCAGGCUUGUUAAUAAGUUUUCAGAGGAAUUUCUCUUUUAUUAAUAUGUAUAUUAUAUCGAUUCUGUUUCUGUCACAAAAUAUGCACUGUAUACUGUGAAAAGCAAAGGGGAGAAAUCUAAACCCACCCUCAGUAUUUCAGUGUGGUACUAAUUAACAAACAUGUCCAAUAUUCAUGUACAUGUAUCAAUAGAAUUUUAUGGAAUCAUGACAAUGUUGAUUAUUUAACACCCUGUGUACAGGAUGAAUGUAGUGUUCAUUUAUUUUAAUAAUGUUCUGAAGUGCUAAUGACAUUUUAUGAGAACAGUCUUGUUGUAAAUCAUAAAUUUAGGAAACUGAAAGUCUGCCUUUGUAUGAACUAGUCCUCCUAUUAUAACUUUUGUCCAAGUCUUGUGAUGUGAUGCAAUAAACUCUGUUGAUUCAGAGAGCCCAUUCAGUGAUGAGGCUGGUAUCAAGAGAGGCCUUGAUGUGGAAUCUAAUGAUCACUGUCUUAAAAUAAAAAUUACUAAUUACAUAGUAUGAUAUGAUAUAAUAAAACAUUUCGACCAUUUGCAUGCAGUCCUUUUAGCAAUAAAUUUAAAAAUGGAAGUUAUUUAAACUUGAAUCAAAAUAAAAAAAUUACUGCUGCCUUUACCUGUUUACAGUCUUGGUAAUUGUAAUGUAACACAAUGAUUUAAGGGACAAUGAAAAGGAUGGGCAAUUAGACAAAAAUGAAAUCUUGAUUUAAAAAAGUAAUUUAGUUGUGUGCCAGUUGUUUUUCAUGACCACAAUUUUAAGAAACUGGCAUUUCACAAACUUCUAAUAACACAUGUCAGAAGUUACUGUGUUUUGGAAACUCUUGGCUGGUAUUUUUUGACUUUGUCUAAAGUUGUCUACAUUUUAAAUUUCAUCAUAGGACGAGGCAGCCAAGCGAAGGGAACAAAGGAGGAAAGAGCGCGAAGCACGGCGUGCUGAAAGGGAUGCAGAAGAUGCAGCUGAUGAGGAAAGGAGAAAGAGGGAGAGAGAAGAGCGACGCAAGAAGAGAGACGGUGGAGGUGGAAGAGGUGUGUGCAUACUAUUCCUCCAAAGAUCUGACUACUUAGUUGAGGUUCUCAUUCACAAGUUUUCUUUUUUAUUGUCAAGACUGAUAAAAUUAUGUAAAAAUAAACCAAUUUACUAUGAAAUCUUUUAUUAAGCCAGACAUUAUCUGCAUUAUUAUCACUCCUCUAUUUGAUAUAGGAUAUUAUACACUGAAAGCAAUACUAUACUCUAAGUGAUAUGCUAGUACAUGUACUAGCACUUUGCUUAUAUAGAAUAAUUGAUGGUUCAUAUAUUAUGUUUUAAAUGGACUCAACAUUGCCCUGUAGGUAUCGUGGUGAACAAAUUGUUUUCAUAUCUGAGGACAUUCAUCACUUUACAGGUUCAUUAAGAACCAACAAAAUCCCCAAGCUCCCAGCUGGUUAAAGUAGUUGGUAGAGCACUGCAGAGGUUAUGGGUUCAGUUCCUGUACAGGCCUGAAAUUUUUUCAUUUUUUUUUCACAUGUAAGUAGUGUUCAUUACUGUGAUGAUCACUCCCAUCUUCUUCAAUUUAUGUGUAAUGUUUUUGUUUCUUGUAGAUGAACCUGCUGAAGAAAGUGCAUCAGCACGCCGCCGCCGUGAGAGAGGUUGGCCAGUCUUAAUUAUUGCUUUGUUCCAUUGACAGUAGUCUGGCUUUAUUUGUUUCACGAUUCAACUUUUCCUUUUGUUGGUCAACACCAUUUAUAAUCUUAAAAGUUCAUUUUCAUUCUAAUCACACUCCUUGACAUGAGAGAUGGCUUAAUUCAAACCUCCCAUUUUUUUUCUGUUAGAGGAGGAAGAGAAGAGGAAGGCUGAGGAGGAAGCAGCAGAGAAAAGGCGCAAAGAAGAAGAAAGGCAAAGAGAGGAGGAAAGGCGAAAACAGGAGGAAAGGCGAAGACGUGAAGAAGAAGAGGAAGAGGACAGAAGGAGAAUGGAAGAAGAGAAAAACCGACUCAAUCAAGAUCAUGUUGAUGGAGAUGAACAGGAUGAAGAAGAGGAAGAGGAAGAGGAGGAAGAUGAAGAAGAAGAAACAAUCAUUGACCGACUGAAUCCCCAGAAAAAGCGUAAGUGUGAAAUUCAUGCAUUAAGUAUUGUGCAGUGUGCACUGUAUGAAGAUAAUGGUCACCCUUAUCCAGGAAGGGUAAACUACAUUAUAUCAUGCAUCUUUUGAAGACAAAUCAUAUUGGGCCAAUCAAAUUCUGAGCAUAUAAAAAAAACCAAAACGAAUCUCCUACAGUAGUUUAUUGAUGCUGAUAUGAAAGAGAUUUUGCUCUCAGUCAAAUGCCAAUUUCAAAAUGUCUGGUCCUUAAUACUUGAGGAUUUUUUCGGCUGCCAUAGUAGAGAUUGGAAAUUUAAUUGCAGCAUUCAAUUACUUAAAGAAACGGCUAAAAAUAGUACAUUUGAUUGUGGUUUCAGCAGCUGCUCCUCGCUGUCUCUGGCACAUGAAUAUACAAGUACAUGUAUUUGCUGCUGUAUGUAUUAUCUGGUAAUCAAACCUGAUUCAAAUUCGUGCAGCUACAUGUACAUGUAUGAUGAGGUACAUACCUUUGUACAUUCAAUUGUACUAGCAUUUUUAGUGCCAGAAGUGAAAUUUCUUCAUUGUAGUAAAGGGAUAUAAAAGUCUUCCAUUAAUUGCACAAUUUGGUAUAAGUAACCCAGAGAAUGAAAUUUGCUUAUGAAGAGAAUACAGAUAUUCUUACAUAAAAAUGUGACCUUACUUUCAACAGAGGCAAUUCUUGAGGGACUGGCUAAUGAACUGCGCCGCAUUGUUGAAGAGCGGGAAGCUAAGAAUGAACCUGCUAGCAAAGAAGAACUAGAUGCACUUGACCUCAAACUGCGCUCCCUUCGAACACAACUCCGAAAGGCCGAGGAGAAUUCUAAUGCUCUUGCCAAACAAAAGAGAGAAUUAGAAGAAAAAAUGAAGAAAAACACUAAUGAUGUAAGUUUAUUUUUUUACCUUGAAAAAAAAACAAUUUGCUACAUUUGACCUUUCAUUAAAAGUCAUUGAUUCACUGCUUUUCAAAUUGGAUCAUAAGGGGAUCUGUAUAUCUAUCUGGUCAUUGUGUAAAGGGGUUUGGGGGAUGUGAUAUCAUCUCUUUUCUUGUGGAAUCUAAUGUGUCCCAUUUGCUAGCCAAAAAUAAGCUGCCCAUGAAACAAAGGAUGAUGUGAUGAAAGUAAUAUCAGAAAUUGCAGGUGUUUUUUAGCUUGCAUCAAUCAUAUCAUGUGACUAACAGUUUUAUUUUUAAUUCCAAAUGUGCAGACAUUUAGUUAUGCCCAAUUCACCAUCUGUUUAGUUCUUAAUAGCUAUUUCUCAUACCUACAGUGUGUUUUUGUGCAGAAUUUGUUUCUGAUAGUUAACUACAAUAAGUUUGGCUACAAGGCAAUUUAGUACGACUUAUGCAGCUUCAUUUUGUUACGUUUUAGAUCAAUAGGCUUCGUACGGAGGUGAAGAAAACAGAAGAUGAAAAUAAUCUCUUAAUUAAAGAGGGAAAGUAAGUCAUUAUUUUUUAAUAUCACAUUUGCAGUGGGAUGCACUUGAUGCUCCAAGAAGUUCAAAAUUGUGAAGUGUAGUCUUAACCAUUUAACUCCCAGAAGUGAUUAACACAUAACUUCUCCCCAUGAUAUCCAUACAUUAUCCAGUAAAAAGUUAAUGAGAUUACUCAGACUUAUCAGGUUGAAGUUGUCAUCUUGAUCUAACACCACAUUCCCGUAACUAAUUUACAAGGAAAUGUGUAGCAGUUAGUGGGGAGAAUUAACAAUCAGAUCUUGGGAGUUGAAGGGUUAAACGCAUAUAAGUUUAAUAUCUCUGAGGGUGUGGUAAAGGUGAAUGAAACAGAAUUUCUCCGUGUGUCAUAAGUACAAUAUCAACCAGACAAGCGAUGAGAAGUUUUGAAAGAUAUCAAUAAGGUGACUAUUCGUUGAUCCAAUACAAAAAUUCUCCCAACUCAUACUACCAGGUAUAAGAAUUGUAUAGCAGACAGUAAGGAGAAUUACUAAUAAGAUCUUUGGAGUGAAAGGGUUAAUGCUUUGGAAAAAGUGUCAGCAUGCGGACAUUUGAAUAGUUUAUCAUGAAAAAUUCAAUUUGAAGUUCGGUUUGGAAUAAGAAAUCACAGGUUAAUUUUUCAAAUGCUAAAUAAUUUGCUAAGCUCAUGGAGCGACAGUUUUCAAGUGCUUAUAUACUCCAAACCUCAUAAAAGUAUUUUAUCACUGUUCAAUGAAAAAAAUUUAAUUCUUACUUAUUGCACUGUUGGUUUCAAAUUUUCAUGCUCUCAGCCAAUGACCAUUCAGAAAUUUUUGCAAAAUGACAUCAUCUACUUACGAUUUUCCUUUACUCUCUGCGCUACAAUUUUCAUGAAACUUGAGUCAUUUCUUUUUCUUUCUAUUUUUUAACUCGGAAUCUUUUGUUUUAAUGGUCUAAGGAAAACUCUCUCAUUAAAAUUUACCAGUCCGCACCUCGAAAGCGAGGCUUGCGAGAAAAUUCGGUAAUGUGAUAUAACCACCCAUGUAGCCUGCUUAAAAUUCUGUAAUUAUUAAUAGCUGCAAUUACAACAGCAAAUUUUCAUUGCAAAUUUUCCUAGUAUAGUCUAACGGCUUAUUAAAAUUAGACGUGGUAUGUUCCUUUGGGAUUUUGGAGGUUGUUCCACUAUUCUACAAGGGAAAUCCUAACACUAACUCUUGGUCUGUUGCUGAAGUUUACAUUCGUCAUUUGAGUAAGACUUUUUAUGUUCAUGUUAGUGUUAUUAUCCUAUUUGAUUUAGAAUCAUACCUCUGUUAUGUUCUUAGAUAAGCUUAAGUUGAGCCGUCAAAUAUUGAAGUUUUCCCUUGAGAAAUUCCAAAUCUGCGUUUUCGCGCAGACGUGGAUACGUUGCGUCAUCUGUCACGUGAGUUUUUUCAUUGGCGGGAAAUUUGCACCGCCUGCGCGCCAAGUGCAGUCAUUUUAUUUAUUUUUUUUUUUUGGGGGGGGGCCCUGAGUGAUCUUUGUAAAACACAAAAACGAAGAAGAUAAUCUAAAUGUUAUUUAAAAAUAACUCCUUAUCUGUUUUGUUUUCUUCAGGAAGGUGGCACCGCAAAGAACAGCUGUAAGUAACAGUUACCAUUUACAAGAGCUUGCCGUUUGUAUUUGAAUUAAUGAUCCAGUGAUCCACACAUUGUUGUAUUUGUUGGUUCGUAUCAAAUCAAAAUUUAUCUAUUUCUUUCUCUUUGCAUUUCACCCAAACAGAAGAAGACUCUUCCACCAAAGGUGCGUUUAGUAUGUUUUAACCAGUUGGCAUUAACAAAAAACCUCUGUAAAUCUCUCACGCGCCAAUUCAUUAGGGGUCUGAGGACGAGUUUCGAAGGAGCUGUUAGUUCGAGUACAGAAUCUGUGAACAGCUUAACCAUAGUAAAGCAAAGAAAAAUGAUAAAAACUACAGAAAAAGAGUGAAAAAAAAGGAAAUUCUUCAAAAAACAAUGCUUGAAAAAAAACGGGAUAUCACACAGCUUAUUAAAUUUCGCCGAGAAUGAGAUCGCAGAGUAUGACGGGAAGGAAGAGAGUAACACUGUCGAUUAUACAACUGCUUACCUGUUCUCUGAUUGGUUUUACCUUUUAUGGCUAGGUAUAAAAUAUAUUUCGCAGUACUAUUUUUCAAAAUGGCCACUGGGUGAUUUAUUUAAGUCGUUGACAAAGAAAAAUUGAAGUAAAUUGAUUGUAAUCUUAUGUUCAGUAAAGCGUGUAGAAUUGUCCUGCAAUAUUCGCGUCGCCUUUGGCGAAUAAUUUUUAAAAGUAUAUACCAUGAUUUUUCCAACAGAAAGGAAACUUUGUAAACGUGGUGCGUAAAGCUCAAGCUGCGGCGUGGGAAGAGAAGUUCAUGGCCAUGAAGGCCAAGCAAAAGGAGUCUAAUAAGGUAAUUUUCUCUUGCCAUCUAUUUCCAGUGUUCUAUUGGGUGAAGCAAAUAUCACUUUCAUGAACGUGAAUUCCUUAGGCUUGCUUAGUAACAGAUAAUUUUUCAUGCGAUGGUGAUAUGGCGUUCGAAGGAUUUUCCCAGGUCAACCGUCUUGUUGCUUAUUCAUUUCGUGUAUAUAGCAAUAGAAAUGCGGAAUUCUUUCGAGGGUUUUCUUGUGGGUUCUGAAACGAACUUAUCAGUCUUCUCUGUUUCAAUUUCAUCGCCUGGUUUAUGGGGUUGGUUACUAAAGCUUACGCCGCAAAAUUGCAGUGGUUAUGCUACAUCUCGAGUAGCGAGGCGAACUAACUGAACUUUACCCAUUCAUUUCGGGGAUGAUAUUUCGAAUGGAAGCUGUAGUUUUCAGCAGGAUCGAAAUACUACACCAACAUCAAUGUUUCGUUGCAUUUUCGUUUCGUUUCGAUUAUUAUCGACAACUGCGAAUCAUUGAUGAGUUGUGACGUUUGAUCGUAACUUCGGCAAGUGAAUUAGUGUCAAUAACAUCCUUCAAAAGAAGCAACGAAGAAGAAGAACCUUUCUGAUGAAGGAUUCUGUGAUGGAAUGUGGAUCAGAUGGAAAUAAAAAAGGUUCGUUGAACGGGAAUGAAAAAGCUCAGUGUUGAGCAAUUCGAUUUUAAAACCUUCAUUUGCGAUACGUGGAUGUUGAGCAAAUUCAACCAAACUUUUCCUCUGAAAUCAUGAACUGAUCUCCAAAUCAAUCUAGCCCACAGCUGUUAACAUUGAGAAAUUCUGUUUAACAGAUGAGCGAGGAACUCAUGAGUAAAAUGAACCGUGUCAAGCGCACAGACAGCCCUCUGCUCACUGGCCUUAAAAAGGACAAGAAAGACAAAAAGAAGGAAGAGAAGGAGGCUGCGCCCGCCUGGGCAAAGACCCAACUGAAGAAGGGAGGUAACAAGCCAUGGGGUGACGAUAAGAAGAAGGACGGAGAGAAGAAACCCGACUGGUCAGGAAGGGUGGCUCUCAAGAAGACAGAGAAGAAAGAAGGAGGGGAUCUUGGCGAGUCUAAGAGGCAGGACUGGCGAGAUGGACUAAAGAAGGCCCCGAAAAGUCCUGGUGUAGACGGAGAAGCGGGUGAUCCAGAGUGGAAAGGCGUCAGUUUGAAAACCACCGGAAGGCACGAUGAAGAUGAUUAAACUUCAACUGGUCUAGGGUAGUUUUAUACUUAAACUUGAUUAAUGUAAGCAAUUUUGUCCUAAAAGCCAGGUUUUUAGGUUCUUUUUUGGAAUUUUUUUUCUAAGCCCGUGGAAUCUUUUCAUUGUAAAGAUGUUAUAGUUGAGCCGGACCUUUAGAAGAAACCUCAAAAUGAGUGCAGGAGUGCAACUAAUUUUAUUUGAUGUUAUGUGAAAACCCUCAUACCUCCAUAAAACUCUCCAGGCUCCUCCUCCACCUUGUGCAGAGCUGAGACAUUUCUGAGAGACUAGGGCUGGGACAGUCAGAAAAGCUCCUUUUUCGUCAAGAAUUUGAAUUGGUUAGGUUCUAGAGUCUGCCCUUUUGAUCAAGGUGUCAUUGGCAAUUAGACAGAAAACUGCCGAUCUUGGUGAAACUGUUAUGAGUCCUACUUUCAGCUCUAAGCUUUCCUACACUUGCUUCCAAUCAUUUCUCAAAUUAAAUGGUCUCUAAUCGAGCGCUGAUUUCUCCCAGGCCUCUAUGCCUCUUCUUAUUGGAAUAAUGUGAGAGAAAUAACUUCUAGAAUAGUUAGAAAGUAAAGCAAGAUCUGAACUUUAUGGAGAAAAAAGGGUUUGAAUUAUUCUUUCAGCUUCCUUAAUUAAGAAAAGUAUCAUUGUAUUGUU